CAGCCAGGCGGACUGAUAGGCUGAGGAGAGAGGAGAGGAGGAGGACCACAAUCAGAGAAGUUCUUGUCAGAAACGACCGUUUGAUAUUUAGUUACUUUUUUUUGUCAAAGAAAGCUGUUUAAAACGGUAAUCAAGAAGAUGGGGAAUCGGGUCGCUCGUGAGGACUACGAAUGGGUGUAUACAGACCAGCCGCAUGCCGACAGGAGAAAAGAGAUACUGGCCAAAUACCCAGAAAUCAAGUCGCUGAUGGGUCCUGACACGAGGCUGAAAUGGAUUGUAUGCAUGAUGGUGGCUAUACAGUUUUUAGCUUUCUACAUGGUCAAAGACUUGGACUGGAAAUGGGUUUUGUUUUGGACUUAUGCCUUUGGCAGCUGUAUCAACCACUCAAUGACCCUUGCUAUUCAUGAGAUUUCCCACAACACGGCCUUUGGAAACAAUAAGGCCAUGUGGAACCGCUACUUUGCCAUGUUUGCCAACCUACCCAUCGGCCUGCCCUACUCUGCUUCCUUCAAACGCUAUCACCUGGACCAUCACCGCUACCUGGGUGGAGAUGGGAUAGAUGUAGACAUCCCCACUGAGUUUGAAGGCUGGUUCUUCUGCACACGCUUCCGCAAAUUCAUCUGGAUUAUUCUGCAGCCACUGUUCUAUGCCAUCAGGCCCCUCUGCAUCAACCCCAAACCCAUCACUCAGCUGGAGGUGACCAACGUGGCCUUCCAGCUCACCUUCGAUAUCCUGCUCUACUGGCUGUGGGGGGCCAAACCUUUUGUCUACAUGCUGGCUGGUUCCUUGCUGGGGAUGGGCUUGCACCCCAUCUCUGGACACUUCAUAGCUGAGCACUACAUGUUCCUCAAGGGCCAUGAGACCUACUCCUACUAUGGCUCCCUCAACCUGCUCACCUUCAACGUGGGCUACCACAACGAGCACCAUGACUUCCCCAGCAUCCCAGGAUGCAGGCUGCCCAUGGUGAAGAAAAUAGCAGCGGAGUACUAUGAUGAGCUUCCUCAGUACACAUCGUGGGUGAAGGUCCUGUACGACUUCAUUAUGGAAGAUGCACUGAGCCCAUACUCUCGAGUCAAGAGGAAGCUGAAGGGAGAUGUCAAACAGGAGUAACUUCACUGAAAGCUUCUCUGGAAUGAAGCUGCAGUGUCCACCAUGACGGCAGCCCGGCUCACCAUCUUAUAAACUUAACAGCUUCUGCAUAUUAAUACAUUCAACAUGGGAAAUAAGGGUGGACAUUGUGAAAGCACAUUUCCUCUGCAUGAAGAGGAGAUUGUUUCAGUUAUUUGUUAUCCUGCUCAGAAAACACAACGUGUUGGAUUGAAAAUAUUAAAGUUUAUUUAGUGUGAUUAUAGACAGUACCUAGGGCCGGUUACACAAAGACUUGGGCUCCAAUCAAAAACACAGUUCACCUUAAGAUGGACCUCUAAUUUGCAAUGUUUGUAAACAAAUCACUGUUAAAUUUAUAAAGUACUUAACCAAAUGCUGUCAGAGAUGAUGCUAGCUGUUGUGCUAAUGUGCACUGAUCGUGUGAGUCCUCUUCACACAUCAAGUUUAUUUUUAACAUCUCUGUGGGCACAAAGUGCUUCUUAACACACUGGCCAGUAAUGAGUGAAAUAAAAGUUGUCAGUAAGACAACAGCAACACAAGACCAGUCUAAGAUGCCUUUGUGCAGCCAGCCCCAGAAAUAAGCCAUCAAGACACAUACAGCAAACAAAAAAUGAGCGCAGACAGUUUGUUGUUCCAGCUGCUCCUGUGUGAAGACUGAGUGUGAAGCAUAUCCAUGGUGUUCGUGUCAGUUUGUAUUCUGCCACAGAACUUACACAUGUCUCCCUCCAUUUUGCACUCAAUGGUUAGAGGUCAACAACAUGAAAGAAGCGUUGCUAUUGGUUGACAGCCUCAAUUGUGUGUCUGUAUGUCGAAGUGGACCAAAGUUGAACUCCAAGCAUUAAGCUCUGUAUGAAUUGAGUUUGUUGCAACAUAAGUGAGUGAGCCGGUCUGUUUGAUAGACAGGCAUUGAGUUUAUAGUGAGGCUUGUGUGGUUGCUUUAAUAUGUUAAGUCGUUAACUGUUUCUGGCCCGUAACCCUUUUUAAGAAAUGCUCUACUCUUUAACAUGCAAGACUUAAAUGUACCUCAACAUUAUACAACCUGUCGUCCACACUAACUGAGUUUAAGGUUGCGUUGUAUGUGAGAUGAAAGUGUGUUACUCAUCAGUGCCUCAGAGCUUUGUUUUCAAUUCUGCAUUUGUGGUCUUAAUUUCAAUUUUAUGAACUGUAUUCAUAUUGAUGAAAAACUCUGCCAAGAAUAGAAAAGGUGUUUAAUGUUAAAAUCACUGGUUCCCCGCUUUUGUUUAAAAUUGGGAUAUUUAGCAACCGGAAACCAAACUACAUGUGGUUGAUAUUGAAUUGGCUGAAUUACACUAUUUUCAUAUUAUAUUUUGUUAAUUUUGACUACUUUAAAGCCAAUAAAGUAAAUGAAUGAAUAAAAAUACUUACUUUUUCCCAAUAAGAAUGUUAUUCCAGGCUUCUAAUUAGCAUUUAGACCUGAGACCUCAAACCCAAAUCAGAGGGAGUCCAUCUCUGAGCUUCCUCUUGAAACGGUUUGUCCUCCAGCGAAACCUCUUAAUGAAAUAAGUAACUUUAUGAAAUGGUCCAGGUGGUUGGAUCUGGCCCCUGGACCGCCAGUUUGAGACCCCUGAUUUAGACCAUGUUGGAAGAAAACAUUUACAGAUAAUAUUGAAGAGUUUAAAUAAAUGAAGUAUGAAAAAUUCAAUAAUUACAAAA